UGGAAAUGGUAAUCAUUCGUAAUAUCAUCAUCGUCUUCCUCGUGGAGUUUCAGUCUCAGCCACAAGUAACUCCGACUGUCGUCUUCCGUAGUGAUGCUUCUUUCUGCAAUCGCUUCUCAGACCCUUCUCUCAUCGAACCCCAAUUUAAUCUUCUGCACUUGUAUUCCAAACCCUAGACCUUCCAAUUCCUCGCUGAAGCUACUCAAUGCGUCUUCCUCGUCGUCGCCUUCUUCUAUAUAUACCCUCCCCUCACGCGGUAUCCGUUACGUGAACCACACCGCAUCCGAUGGAGCUUCAGAUUCCGCAGGCAGCGUCGGCGGAGGAGAGACCAUGGUUGCGUCAGCCUCCGCUAUCGCUUCCGCGAUUCGUGGAGCUUCAACGACUCCGGUGGAGUUCACACAGGUGAUUGAAAAAGACCAUCUUAAGACGAAGAUCAUCUUGCCAAGCCCCGAUUUCCAGCGUCUUUGCCUCGAGCAAUUAGAUCUCUUUCGUAGAAUCGUGGAUCCAAACGCAGUCCUCUCGAUAUAUGUAAGACCAGCUGGUAGUUACGUGAUGGAUCGUUUAGAGCUGCGCCGUGUAACAUGUUACCCAAGUGUUAAUGCCGGAGACGUCGUGAUCUUAGUCGGAAACUUUGGCAUCCCCGCCGGUUUGCGAGCAGCUGAAGCAUCACUUUCCAGUCAACAAGUUGAAGUUGUGAAUAAACAUAGAGCUGCAGUGUUUCCAAUGGUGAAACACCCAUUUGUUGUUGGUUUCUUGGUUGCUGAGUUGCCAGUAGAAGCAGAGGAGGAGAAGGUGGAGGAGGAGGAAGAGGAGAAACCUCGCGGUUUAAAGCAGUUUCCUUCUCCUGAGGAAGCUUAUGCGUUGCCUGGUUCAGCUAAUGCAAAACCACCAAAAGUUAAGCUUCCGUCUGUUAAGGUGUUCACUGCAGAGCAGAGAUCUUAUGCCAUUAAUAUUUCACGGACUCUCGCUAUGGCAUAUGUCAUGGAUCAGAAAACAAUGCUGCUUCAACAAUCAUCUUGGCAAAACAAUGUGAGGAUGAGUAAGUUAGUGGAGCAGAUCCGUGGUCCGCUCUCUACCAUCAGGACUUUAAGUAAAAUGCUUUCAACUCACACGAAAAGAAGCCAGAUUUCACAUGAUAUUGUCGAAGACUUGAUAGUUCAAGGCGAACAAAUAAGAGAUACCCUUCAAGAACUUCAGGAUGCAGUUCAUUUGACAAAGGUUCCACCUUCUCUUACUUUGUCUCUUUUGGCUAAUAUUGUCCGCCACAACGAGGAAGCCCUGAAGAAGAUAAACAAAACACAUAGUGAAACGAGGAGAUCAAAGUAUUCAGAUGAAUAUGAACACAAAGACCCCAUUGAUGGGUCACAAAUCCAAAGUACAUGCCUUUCCCUGAGUUCUGGAUCAGAUGAUUCAGAGAUGCCUAUGCCACCUCUGGCCCUUGCACCCGGCUUAUCUCUUGCAUUUAUGUCAGGAAGACCAUGCGACAUUUCUAAUGUGCUUUUAGAUAUGGUCGAGACUGUGAGACCACUUGCCCUUACUCAGAAAAGAGUAGUGGAGCUCGGCGAAAAGUCAGCUUCUCUACAAGUUGCUGUUGAAGAACCUGCUUUGAGGCAGGCUCUGAGCAACCUCAUUGAAGGUGCACUGUUGCGCACUCAUGUUGGUGGAAAAGUUGAAGUUUUGUCGACCAGAGCUCCUGCUGGCGGCAGUCUGGUAGUGAUUGAUGACGAUGGUCCUGAUAUGCGUUAUAUGACGCAGAUGCAUUCGCUAACACCAUUUGGAGCAGAACUCUUGUCGGAAAACAUGGUUGAAGACAACAUGACAUGGAACUUUGUGGCGGGUUUAACGGUAGCCCGAGAGAUCCUGGAGAGUUACGGAUGCGUGAUCAGAGUUAUAUCACCUCGCAUCCCCGAUGCAGCCGUAGGAGCUGGUGGUACUCGUGUAGAGCUAUGGUUCCCUCCCUUCACCGCAACAGUAUCAGAAGCCAAUGAGGCAUAGAUUUUCAUUCUCUUGUCUUCUGUCUUGUUAAUCUCUUAGCCGCGAGUAUUUUGCUUUGCCAAUGUGUGGUGAUGCCGAUGUAUAGUCUAUUUUUGUGAUUUGUUGAUCAAUGUGUAAUAACGACUAAAUAUGUACAUAACACCAAAGAGUUUUGUCUACAUAGGUAGACUUUGUAACGUAGAACAAAAUUGUGAUUGAUAUGAAGAUCUAAGAAGGAAACAAAGAAGGAAGAAAAUUAUACCCAAAG